AUGGCCACAUUUGCAAAGAUCAAGUGCUUCGUAUCAUCGUUCUUACUCUUUUAUGUCAUUUACUUGUGGACAUAUAGAUGUGGACAAUUGGAUAACUUGUACUCCCCCUUGAACGCCAUCAAGAGCAAAAUCGCUGGAGAUCACCCUGAAUCCGUGGAACUGAUCAAAGAUAUUCCUGUUGUGUUCAAAAAUGAAGUUGAUUCAUUUGAAUUUGCUGCUUGUGGUAAGUUGAACCAGUUUGAACUGUGGGUCAAGCCUUAUACUGCUUCUGGGUUUGCUUGGUUGGAUGCUCAUGUUUACUCUCAUCCUACUUUCAAGAAGUACGCCAUGGCAGAUAAGUUGACUUUCGCCAAGACCAAGUACUAUCAAUUUGUUCAUCCAUUGGUCUUGGAAGUGUUCCAAUACAUUGAGAUGUUGCAAUACAAGGUGGCUGAAUUGACUAGUCCUUUGAUUGCUAAGGUGAAGAAGAGUGUUAAUUAA